AUGCAUCUCUCGGGCGAGGAAAGGAAGAAGAAGAGAUAUUCAGACUUAUCUCUUCAAAGGGCCCUGGAAGCGAUGCACCAGGAUGGAUUGGUGGUGCUAAAAGGUGUUGUCGAUUUGGAUCAUAUCGAAGCCUUGAAUCGGCAGAUGAGUGCAGAUGCCGAAAAGAAAAGAGAUGAUCCCGGUCAAAUCUACAAUCAUGCAGUCAGAUCCAACUUCCUCCAGAGACCCCCUGUUACUAGCCCAGACCUUCUAUAUGAGGACAUCUACUACAACCCAUUUGUUCUACAAUUAGCAAACGCUUAUCUCGGGCAAAAGCCGAUUUGGAACUGGCUUACAGCCAACACAGCUCUCGCUAAUACAGGAGGCAUGCGACAAGGCGUUCACAAAGAUAACGCCUUCAUACACCCUCUAUAUCCCUACUACUUCAUUGCCAAUAUUCCUCUAUGCUCAACCAGUAUCAAAAACGGAGCGACAGAGUUUUGGCUAGGAUCUCACGCACAUACCUCCAACAAAGACCAGAUCAUCGCUACAGAACCCGAGCAGGUGACCGCUCAUUAUCAGCUCGGGGAGCCACUGCCGGCAAUUACGCAAGACGCACAAGACGCGCGUAGAUCGGUUCGACCUCCUAUUCAGCAAACAUGCUCUGCUGGGGAUAUUAUGAUCCGUGAUAUUAGACUCUGGCACGCCGGUAUGCCUAAUGAAACUGAUUCUCAUCGUAUCAUGCUUGGGCUUGGGUAUCAGAGUCCUGUCUUUCCUAAUCAGAGCAUGAUGUGUCAUUUACCUGCCGCACAGCGAGAAUUCUUCGAAAACUCUCCCUCAAAUAUAGAGAUUCGCGUCCAAUUUUAUGAUGAGGAGGAGUUCGGAAAUACAACCCGCGAUUCAGAGUUUAACCUCAGACCUCUAUAUUCGAUUGAGAAGCCCGUCUAA